AAAGUAGCGAAACGGAGCUGCGGGGUGGCUGGUGAAGCGGCGGACGUUUGGGGCCUAAGGAGCGACCCUAGGCCGGCCUCUGGGUCCCGGGCACCCGGCGGCUGAGCUCGGGGCGCCUCGGGUGACUGCGCGCCCCUCCUCCGGCCUGAGUCACGGCGCCCCGAGUCCCCACGCCGAGAGGAUGCGGCGGUGAACGCUGCCGGACGCCGGGCGCAGCGUGGGCUCCGGGCCGCCAGCGCCGCCGCUCGGGACGCCAGGCCGCAGGCGCGCUUUCCCGGCCGGGCCUUGCAGGCCUGCUGCCGGGCCCGCCUCCGCGGCUCCCCGACCUCCUCGGCUGGCGGCGCCGCGGAGCGGCGGAGGAGUCCGAGCCGGAGCCGGAGCCGCGCGCCCCGCCCGCCCGCGCCGCCCUCCCUCCCUCCCUCCCUCCAUGGCGUUUAUCCGGAAGAAGCCGCGCGAGCAGCAGCUGCAGCUCUACUCCAAGGAGAGCCUUUUGAAGAUUCUGCAAACGAAGGCAAAUGGCCAGGAAUAUGCAUCAGGCUUUUGCUGGAGCAGCAGUGGUGGGGGAGACUCAACACAGGAGAGAGAGAUUUUCCUUGCUCCUGCUUAACUUGGAGGAGUACUACUUUGAACAGCAUACAGCUAAUCAUAUUCAGCACAAGGGCAGUCAGAAUGAAAGGAAAAUCAGAGGCUCCUUAAAAAUAUGUUCAAAAUCAGUUAUUUUUGAACCGGAUGCAAUAUCCCAGCCCAUCAUUAAGAUUCCUUUGAGAGAUUGUAUAAAAAUAGGAAAACAUGGAGAAAAUGGAGCCAGUAGACACUUCGCAAAGGCAAUAUCCGGGGGGAUCUCACUCAUUUUCAGUCAGGUAUAUUUCAUUAAAGAACACAACAUUGUUGCACCAUAUAAAAUAGAAAGGGGCACAAUGGAAUAUGUCUUCGAGUUGGAUGUUUCAGGGAAGGUGGAAGAUGUCGUGGAGACAUUGCUUCAGCUUCACAGAGCAUCCUGUCUGGACAAACUUGGGGACCAGACCGCUAUGAUUACAGCCAUUUUGCAGUCCCGUUUGGCUAGGACGUCAUUUGACAAAAACAGAUUCCAAAGUGUUUCUGAAAAGCUGCACAUGGAAUGCAAAGCAGAAAUGGUGACACCUCUGGUGACGAAUCCCGGCCACGUGUGCAUCACCGACACCACCCUGUAUUUCCAGCCUCUCAAUGGGUACCCGAAACCCAUGGUCCAGAUAACGCUCCACGACGUCCGCCGCAUUUACAAGAGGAGACACGGUCUCAUGCCUCUGGGCUUGGAAGUGUUUUGCACAGAAGAUGAUCUGUGUUCCGACGUCUACCUGAAGUUCUAUGAACGUCAAGACCGAGAUGACCUCUAUUUUUACAUUGCUACUUACCUAGAGCACCACGUGGCGGAGCGCACGGCCGAGGGCUACACGCUGCAGUGGCAGCGCGGGCUCCUGUCCAACUACCAGUACCUGCUGCACCUCAACACGCUGGCCGACCGCAGCUGCAACGACCUCUCCCAGUACCCCGUGUUCCCCUGGGUCGUCUCCGACUACAGCAGCUCCGAGCUGGAUCUGUCAAAUCCAGGAACCUUCCGGGAUCUCAGUAAGCCAGUAGGGGCCCUCAACAAGGAACGUCUGGAGAGGCUGCUGACACGCUACCAGGAGAUGCCGGAGCCCAAGUUCAUGUACGGCAGCCACUACUCCUCCCCGGGCUACGUGCUGUUUUAUCUGGUCAGGAUUGCACCAGAGUAUAUGCUGUGUCUGCAGAACGGAAGAUUCGACAAUGCAGACAGAAUGUUCAACAGUAUUGCAGAAACUUGGAAAAACUGUUUGGAUGGUGCAACUGAUUUUAAAGAGCUGAUUCCGGAAUUCUAUGGUGAUGAUGUCAGCUUUUUAGUCAAUAGUCUGAAGCUGGAUUUGGGAAAGAGACAAGGAGGGCAGAUGGUUGAUGACGUAGAACUUCCCCCUUGGGCACGGAGUCCCGAGGACUUUCUCCAGAAGAGCAGAGACGCCCUGGAAAGCGAUUACGUGUCAGAGCACCUUCACGAGUGGAUCGAUCUCGUGUUUGGCUACAAGCAGAAGGGGAGGGAUGCUGUUGGAGCCCACAAUGUGUUUCAUCCCCUGACCUACGAAGGAGGCGUCGACUUGAACAGCAUUGAGGAUCCUGACGAGAAGGUAGCCAUGCUCACCCAGAUCCUGGAGUUCGGGCAGACGCCAAAGCAGCUCUUCGUGACACCGCAUCCUCGAAGGAUCACCCCAAAGUUUAAAAGCUUGUUCCAGCCCUCCAGUUACAAUGCUUCCAUGGCAGAUUCUCCAGUCUCUCCAGGUGAAGAGUCUUUUGAAGACCUGACGGAAGAAAGCAGAACGCUGGCCUGGAGUAACAUCACGCGACUGCAGCUCCACGAGCAGCACAAAAUCCACAAAGAGGCAGUCACUGGAAUAGCAGUCUCUCACAGUGGGUCGUCUGUCUUCACAACCUCACAAGAUUCCACCUUGAAAAUGUUUUCCAAAGAAUCCAAGAUGCUACAAAGAAGUAUAUCAUUUUCAAAUAUGGCUUUAUCAUCGUGUUUACUUUUACCAGGAGAUGCCACCGUCGUAAGCUCUUCGUGGGAUAACAACGUCUAUUUUUACUCCAUUGCAUUUGGAAGACGCCAGGACACAUUAAUGGGACACGAUGAUGCCGUUAGUAAGAUCUGUUGGCAUGACAACAGGCUGUAUUCUGCGUCGUGGGACUCUACUGUAAAGGUGUGGUCCGGGGUUCCUGCAGAGAUGCCAGGCUCCUGGAGACACCAGUUUGACCUGCUGGCUGAGCUGGAGCACGACGUCAGCGUCGAUACAAUCAGUUUAAGCGCUGCAAGCACACUGCUGGUUUCAGGCACCAAAGAAGGCACAGUGACUAUCUGGGACCUCACUGCAGCUACCAUAUUGCACCAGAUUCCAUGUCACUCAGGGACUGUAUGUGACACUGCUUUCAGCCCAGACAGUCGCCACGUCCUCAGCGCAGGAGAAGACGGCUGUCUGAAUGUCGUCGAUGUGCAGACGGGAAUGCUCAUCUCUUCUAUGACUUCGGACGAGCCCCAGAGGUGCUUUCUCUGGGACGGAAAUUCUGUUUUAUCCGGGAGUCAGUCCGGUGAGCUGCUUGUCUGGGACCUCCUCGGGGGGAAGAUCAGGGAGAGAAUCCAGGGCCACACAGGUGCCGUGACGUGUAUGUGGAUGAACGAACAGUGCAGCCGUGUCAUCACGGGAGGGGCAGACAGACAGAUUAUGUUCUGGAAAUUGCAGUGUUAAGUGCCUUUCCCUCGAAUAUUAUUGCACUCUGUGUAAUGCAUUUUUAAACCAAACUUUUAAGUGAACUGGUGAAUGUGCAAUUACAGUAAUUAGAAGUCUUACCACAUGAGAAAUUUGUGGUUUUAAACUUUCUAAAUCAUGGUGACUUCACUGAAAGCCAUUAGUUGUCAUCCUCUAAGGCAGAUGAAGAUGUGGCAGUACUUGGGGAGAAGAACAUUAACAUUUGUAAGGCAGGCGGUCAUCCCAGGAUGACGAUGGUCAGAAGACAAGUUUGGGUGGCAAAGAGCGCAGCUAAGAGAUACUAAACCAGGUGGAGAAACUUCCCAAGAAAAUGUGAGUAUUCUCUGCUGCCGGGUCACUCUAUUAUGUCUUCCUCAUCGACACAAUUGCUGCCCAUUGGGUUUUGGGAUGUGUGUUUCCAUGCAGUGGUUGCUUUCUAUAACCGACUGGCCCCAGAUUCUAAGAACCUGGGCAAGGAUUAGCAGUUCCUGUAACAGUUUACUGUGUAUGGGAACGGUUCAUUUUGUUAUAGCUAUUAAAUGCUCAUCUUUUCUAAGACAUUAAAAAUAUUUUUCUGUAAUGAAAGCAGUUUCCAUUUUCUCAUUUAAAUGAUUUAUUAACAAAGUACUGGGUCCUUCGAGUACUGAUCCUUCUAGAAAACCAUACCGAGCAUCGUGACCAUCAUCCUGUGCUUCUGGAACUGUCUUCAGACUGAAGUCCAGAGAACGAGGGAGAGUCAAACUGAGAAACGUGCCUUGCGUGGCUUUUCUGAAUUUCACAGGAGGUAAGCUGUGAAGCAGCAGCACUGACGACCUCUGAACCACAGAAAGGAUGCGAUGUAAGAUUUUCUACACUGUUGAAAAACCCUGGUGUAUCGUGAAUGUUAAUGUGACUCGGCCUGGGUGCCUCCGGGGAAUCAAUAGGCUCGGUGAGGUCCUGCGGCUCAGCCUUAGUGUCUGGGCUUCCCGGCU